CCAUUUCAGUGCCAUUGAAUACACUUGAUUCUUGUGCCACCAGCCAUCUCCAGAAUCUUUUUUUUUUUUUUGGUACUGGGGUUUGAACUCACAACCUCGCAUUUGCCACGCAGGCACUUACACCGCUGAGCUAAACUUUCAGCUCUAAAAUCUUUUUCAUCUUCUUGAACUGGGACUGUAGCCACUGAACAGCUGUUCUCCAUGCCUCCUUCCCAGCUCCUGGAUACCUGCAUUACUUCGGUCUAUAUGAAUUUAACUAUUCUAAAUGCCUCAUCUACUGAGACUCUGGCACCCCUCUACCCCAGGCCAUUGGGCCUGCAGAACCAAUGGCCCUUCUCUGCUUGAUCAGAACUCCGCGGUUCCAGACAAGCUGGGCCUCAGGGACACUGUGCACCCACCUGCCCCUUGGUAGAUCCACAGCUCUUGGAUCGCAGCCGGGUUAGGGUACUCACCACAGACCGCAGUGCCUCAGGAGCCUGUGAUCCCUCCCUGCUGGCAGAGAUAUCCACAAACCUCCAGACAAAGGAAGGGCCUCCUGCGGGCACUCCGGAUCUACCCCGCUCCUCCUCUGCACGCAGAUGGCUAUGCGCGGCUGGGCUCAGGCCGAGGUGCCUCAGGAACCCGGGACCCCUCCUCCUCCAGACAAAGGAAGGGGCCUCUGCAGGCGGCUCCGGGUCCGCGCAGCUCCUCCUCCGCACACCAACGGCCAGGCGCUGCUGGGUACGGGCCGAGGUGCCCCAGGAACCCGGGACCCCUCCUCCUCCAGACAAAGGACGGGGCCUCUGCAGGCGGCUCCGGGUCCGCGCAGCUCCUCCUCCGCUCACCGAAGGCCAGGCGCGGCUGGGUACGGCCGAGGUGCCCCAGGAACCCGGGACCCCUCCUCCUCCAGACAAAGGACGGGGGCCUCUGCAGGCGGCUCCUCCUCCGCACACCGACGGCCAGGCGCUGCUGGGUACGGGCCGAGGUGCCCCAGGAACCCGGGACCCCUCCUCCUCCAGACAAAGGACGGGGCCUCUGCAGGCGGCUCCGGGUCCGCGCAGCUCCUCCUCCGCUCACCGAAGGCCAGGCGCUGCUGGGUACGGGCCGAGGUGCCCCCGGAACCCGGGACCCUUCCUCCUCCAGACAAAGGACGGGGCCUCUGCAGGCGGCUCCGGGUCCGCGCAGCUCCUCCUCCGCUCACCGAAGGCCAGGCGCUGCUGGGUACGGGCCGAGGUGCCCCCGGAACCCGGGACCCCUCCUCCUCCAGACAAAGGACGGGGCCUCUGCAGGCGGCUCCGGGUCCGCGCAGCUCCUCCUCCGCUCACCGAAGGCCAGGCGCGGCUGGGUACGGGCCGAGGUGCCCCAGGAACCCGGGACCCCUCCUCCUCCAGACAAAGGACGGGGCCUCUGCAGGCGGCUCCGGGUCCGCGCAGCUCCUCCUCCGCUCACCGACGGCCAGGCGCUGCUGGGUACGGGCCGAGGUGCCCCCGGAACCCGGGACCCUUCCUCCUCCAGCUCUUUCAAACAUCUUUAAAAGCUUCCUAACAGAGAGAGGGUUGAGGUCUCUUAAAAGGUCCCAGGGCAGCUGUUUUCUAAAUAAAAACAUAGAACACCUUGUAGCCUAUGGAGUCUAACCUAGUAGGUAAAAAGAAAUAAUAGUAGGUGCUAAACUAUUAGCUGUACCAAAACGGGUGUAUCUUCUUUAACCACAAAGGGAGCAGAGCUGGAGAGAAUCAAGUGAGUAACUGACUUGUGUCUAAUGGGAAGCAUGGAUAUUUUCAAACAAGUGACCUUUGCCCUCCUCUUUUCUGGAAGUUUUCAGACACACAGAGAUAGUCCCAUCUGCUAUUUAUGGCUGGGUUAAGCUACCAUCCCCAGGCAGCCCAGUUCUUGGCUGCUUUAUGGAGGUAUUUUUCCCUUUGAGCAGGGUGUUUAAGAAUAUAGAACUUUUCAAUAACUAGAUAACUGACAACUCUUCAAUAGCAGUUCCUCAAAAACCAGCCCUGGAGACCACCACUCAGUGCAGGUCACAGGACCUUCUGGUCCAUGGGCUUCUUAUCAUAGUGCUGUAGUGGCUCAUUAGCUUCAGGAAAAUGUCUACAAAGAACUCUCCACAGCAGGGCUGCCGAACCUUUUAGAGCUUUUGGUGAUACAAACAGCCAGCUGCGGCACACAAACCACAGGUUUUCCACAGCUGCUGUUUUCACUGGCAGUGGGGCUGCAGGACACAGCAACACCUCUGACAGCUGGCACUGGCCCUUUCCUGAACAUAACAGCCUGGGAGCAAGACAACAAGGCUAUUUACUUUCUGGUUAUGCCAGGACACAACCUACUGCAUCCCACUGUAAGUUUCUGCCAACCUCACUCCUAUGGGAACUGGCUUGAUGAGCCUAGAGACUAAGGACAGGGUCCAGGAGGAGAGGACCCUUUAUUUGGCCCAUUAGGUAAGUCUCCAUGGCCAGGAGGAAUAAAGUCCUUAUGCUGCAGACAGCUCUAUAUAAAUGCUUUCCACACUGGAAGAAGCAGAACAAGUUUUUGGAAGCUAAAGGAGAGCUUGCGAACUUAAUUAUGUCCAUGAUAAGGAUCAUGUUUCAGGAUGACAAAUUUCACAUCUUAUGCAUCAUACAUUUGCCUGUGAAAACUUGCCUUGGGGAGUAGAUAAACAGUGUGCUGGUUUUCUUUGUUCUCUGACAAAUCCCAUUAGCUUUAUAAAAUUAGGUUCCCUGAGCUUUUAACUAAGGGGCUUCAUCCAACUUUUCUGAAAACCCACAGGCACAUUGUGAACCAUGAGUCUCAGCCUUAUUCUUCUGACUGUGGAUCAACUGCUCUGGGCUCAGUGAUGAGGAGAGAGUGUGUUGAGCUUGCUGUGGCCAGCCCAGGCCUUCUUGGCACAUGGAACUGAGGGUCACUGGCUCUAGGUAUCGGGGAAGCUGCUUCCUGUCUGGGCCCCAGAAGAAGGGGGAUAGGAUCUUGUGAAGAUCAUCCUAGAAAUGAGAAAGCAACAUGCUGCCCAGGACCCCAGAGGCUUGCCAGGCUGCCGUGGUGAACUUAAUUUAAUACUUAUGUGUUACAGAAUGACAAAUACUUUAAUGAUAGAUCACAUAUUGAACAACAAUAUAUCUAUUGAUUUAUUGUAAAAUAGAUGGGUGUGUGACUCCAUUUGUUAAAUCAUAAUUUAAUCAUAACCAUUGAUUAAGGUUGACUAAGAAUAUAAAAGUUCUACAAAAAUCUCAAAAACAUUCUGUGGGGAUCAAUUAGUCAUAUGGAAU